GCACGGCCGGGGAGGCGCUCUGGCCUCGGGGCGCCGCCGCUCCUUCCGCCUUCCCGACGGACCCCGCGCGGCGCUUGCGCACUCGGUGACCUUUCCGCGUCGUUAGCCGUGCGGGUCCAGGCGGCCUGAGCUGGGGGUCGGGGGCCGAGAUGCUUCAAAGCCUUAUUAAGAAUGUUUGGGUCCCCAUGAGGCCCUACUAUACCCAAGUUUACCAGGAGAUUUGGGUAGGAAUGGGGCUGAUGGGCUCCAUCAUUUAUAAAAUCAGGGCUGCUGAUAAAAGAAGUAAAGCUUCGAAAGCUUCGAGUCCUGCCCCCGCUCACGGUCACCAUUAGCCAGCUUUCCUCGGAGCACACGUGAGACCGACCUUGUGGCUGUAAAUCCCAGCAGCUCUGUUAGAUGGGGGCGUGGAGCACCGCCGUACGCGUGUAGACGUGUUGUUUCCUUUGUGGCGUGAAUAAAUGGAACUGUGAGGUG